AUAUCUUAUUUCUUUGUUGGCUCAAGUGAGCGCACAGAAAACUUUGUGUGUCUCUUAGAUUUUCUAUCUUUUUCUGUUUACAAUUUUGAUCAUCAAAGAACAUAUGCUUUGAGUAUUAGGUACAAGACAGUAAAAAACAAUGACAACAUUUCUGCUACUCCCAUCACCACCUUCUUGUGCUUCUUUACUGAGCAAGGAGACUAAUAGAUUUUGCAAUCAUGCUUCAUUUCACUCACACAAAUCCCAUGUAAAGGGUUUCAGAGUUAGAGCUCUUAGAGAGAAAACAGAGGAAAUCAAAAGCCCUUCACAACCAUCUUCAGCUGAGGAAGUUACAAAGAAGUAUGGCCUUGAAGCUGGUCUAUGGAAGAUUUUCAGCUCAAAGGAGGAAGAAAAUGGUAAUUCUGAACAACAGAAAUCAAAGGGUGAUCAAGCCAAGGAAUUGCUAGCAAAAUAUGGAGGAGCAUACCUGGCCACCUCCAUUACUCUGUCAUUAAUCUCUUUCACUCUUUGUUAUGUACUAAUUGGCGCCGGAAUUGAUGUCCAAGCUUUGCUACAGAAGGUAGGAAUCUCAGCUGAUGCGACCGGCGAAAAAGUUGGUACCUUUGCUUUGGCAUAUGCUGCGCAUAAAGCUGCAUCUCCAAUUAGGUUUCCUCCCACAGUAGCUCUUACCCCAAUUGUGGCAGGUUGGAUUGGAAAGAAAGCUGAUAAAGAUAAGUAGCUUGUAGUGGUACCUUCCAAUACCAAACAAGGCUUUAUUGUAAUAUGCUUCUUCUAAUAUUUUCAAUUCCGUUGGCAGAUGAACAUUUGUCUUUUACACUAAUGGGCAUGUACAUCCUCUUUUUAUUCUGAACAAUAAUGAAAAUUAUGCACAAUAAUAAACAAUCUAUAUCCAA